UUCAGAAAAAGAAAAACAAAUCUAAGCAAGCUACCAAAAGCGAGAGUUGUAGCCAAAGGCAAAGCAAAGAUGCACGAGCUGUGAGAAGCAAGAAAUCAAAUCUUUUUUUUGGUUUUUUUGCUUUAAGGUUUUCAUCGAUCGAAAUCCGAAAUGGCAAACCAGUUGGAGAACUUGGUGGAAUCAAUAAAGUCGAAAGUAAGGGCACUGAAGAAGUCGAAGAAUAAGACAUACAUAAAGAUGGACAAGAGCUCAAGCGUGAAGGUAGAGAUCCGUAGCAGGAAGGCAAGAAAGCUUAUAGACAAGACUUUGAGGGCUGCUGAUCGCCCUAGAAAGCGUACCAUUUCAUGACCCUUUUCUCAUUAUCUUCUUCUUCAGAAGAAGAAAAGAAGAGAGAACUCAGUUUCUGUAUUUCUCCUUUUUAUUUGCUUGUAGAUAUGUUCGUCAAUUAAGUUGGCAGCAACUGGUUUAGAACUUUCAGAUUUCGUCCCUUUUGCUCUUUUCUUUGAUGUUUUGGUAAUGUUAGCCCUCUGAUUCUGUGUUUUUUGCACGUUAAGAGAUAGCGGGGAACCAUUUCGGAUUGGCAAACAAGAACAUACUUUUUUUUUUUUUUAAUCUUUUUUUGCAUUUAUGUUUACGUUUCUGUUUUCUCUUUUUCUUUGUUGAUAUGAUCUAAAUGUUAAUGACAUGAGACUGUUUCUUAAUUUUUCUAA